AACCCCGAGGUGCGAAUCUUGAUCUAAACCCUGGAGAUGAAAAGUUAGAAAAUGGCGCGUUGAAAUGUUGUUAACUUGUUAUAGAUAAACAUAGUGUUUCUCAUUCUUUUUUGCAAUUUAAGCAAAUAAAUGCUUGAUCUCAGUUUUGGUGCUAACACACCCUUGUGUAUGAGCCUAACGACACAAAGAACAGUGAGGGCAAUGACAUCAUCAUCAUCAUCAUCACCUACCCAAGAUUCUAUGGAGCAACAGAAACCGCAACAAACUCAAAGGUUGCAAAUUUACCCAAAUUCAAAUAAUGGGGUCACGCCUUUUUGGAGAGAGAAGUAUGAAAGAGAAGCCAAGAGGUAUUGGGAUGUCUUCUACAAGCGCCACAAGGACAAGUUUUUUAAGGAUAGGCACUACUUGGAUAAGGAAUGGGGAGAUUACUUUUCGGGAGAAGGAAGAAAAGUGAUUUUGGAGGUUGGUUGUGGAGCCGGAAAUACUAUAUUUCCAAUGAUAGCAUCUUAUCCAGAUGCUUUUGUUUAUGCAUGUGAUUUCUCGCCACGGGCUAUUGAGUUAGUUAAGACGCAUGAAGACUUCAAGGAGUCCCGUGUUAGAGCUUUUGUCUCUGAUUUGACAGUUGAUGAUCUGUGCAAAGAAAUUCUUCCAUCUUCGGUUGAUAUUGUUACCAUGAUAUUUAUGUUAUCUGCAGUGUCCCCGGAAAAGAUGCAUCUAGUAUUGCAAAAUGUUAGAAAAAUUAUCAAGCCAAAUGGAUAUGUGCUGUUCCGAGACUAUGCCACGGGAGAUCUUGCCCAGGAAAGAUUUUCAGGGAAGGAUCAAAAGAUUAGUGACAACUUUUAUGUCAGAGGUGAUGGCACUCGUGCUUACUACUUUUCGAACGAGUUCUUGACGAAUUUAUUCAGAGAAAAUGGUUUUGCUGUUGACAAGCUUCAUGUAUACUGCAAACAAGUUGAGAACCGUUCGAGAGAAUUGAUCAUGAACCGGCGUUGGGUCCAAGCUGUAUUCCGGUUUACAGAGGAUUUGAACACUUCUUCUAGUAACGAAGCUGAGGGAAAUCGUUCUGGUAGUUCUGAAGCGAAGCAAAAUAGUUCGAAUGGUAGUUUAAAUGGCACUGCAAUUGACUUGUCUGAAGGUGUGGCAUUUGACAUGUUUGGAGCCUUACCUUCCAGCGACUAUGAGAUUAUUGAGAUCAAACUUAGAGGUUGGGACUUCAAGAUUAGGGUACUUUCAAAAGAGUACCAGCAUACCUGCAAAUCGACGGGCUUAAUGCUGUGGGAAUCGGCUCGAUUGAUGGCUUCUGUCCUCGCCGAAAACCCUGAUAUCGUUGCAGGGAAAAGGGUCUUGGAGUUGGGAAGUGGCUGUGGGGGAAUCUGUUCUAUGAUUGCUGCUAAACAUGCCGACCUAGUUGUUGCUACCGAUGGGGAUGCUCUUGCCCUCGACCUCCUUGCCAAAAAUGUCUCAUCGAAUCUUGAGCCUCCAUUGCUAACCAAACUAGUUACAAAGAGACUGGAGUGGGGAAACAAUGAUCACAUAGAAGCCAUAAAAGAAGGGAAUAAAAUAGGGUUUGAUGUCAUCAUUGGCACAGAUGUUACAUACAUUCCUGAAGCUAUAUUGCCUUUGUUUGCAAGCGCCAGAGAACUAAUUACUUCUGGCGCAAGCAACAAGCAUGGUAAUGUGCCUGCUCUGAUUCUAUGCCAUAUAUUCCGUCGCGUAGAUGAACCGUCUUUGCUUUCGGCCGCAUCACAAUUCGGGUUUAGAUUAGUAGACAAGUGGCCGGCCGGAGUUCCAAACGAAUCGUCUCAAGGCAUUAUAAGCAAAUGGUUUUCAGAUAACGGUUUAUUGAAUGAACUUCCUAGUACAGCAUUAAACAUAUUGCUUUUCAGAUUGGAGUGAAAUGAGCUUGAAUUGGAGUUGGUUUCUUCUUGAUUCUUGUCUUCAGUACAAUACAAAAUGAGAUAAAGUAUCAUGCAAUUUGCAAAGUUAGAUUCAUUUUUAAGUACUCAAAAAACAAUUUUGGUGCUUAAUUAUGUUUCAAAUUUGAUUCUUUUGUAUGUUUUAAAUUUAGAUAUUGAUGGGGUAUUUUGGAGCAUUGUCCUGUGUA